CCUGUAAAGGGUUAAGAAGCUAAGGUAACCUCACUGGCACCUGACCAAAAUGAUCAAUGAGGAGACAAGAUACUUUCAAAUCCGAGGGGGGAAACAAAGGCUCUGUCUGUCUGUGGGAUGCUUUUGCCGGGAACAGAUCAGGAAUCCAGCCUUACAACUGUUAAAUUAACCUGAAGGAUCCCAGGCCCCAGCGAACACAGUCACAGCAGACCAGCAAGGAGGCAGAGGGCAGGCGGCUGCAGGAAGGGCGGAGGCCAGCUCCAGCCGGGGAUAGACACAUUGCUGGGCCAAGUGAACGUGACAGUACUUUCCUCUUUCUCCCAGGUGCCAUGGCCUCCACAAGCCGGGUCAAAGAGCUCCAAGAGGCUGUUCUCUGUUCCAUUUGCCUGGCUUAUUUUAACGAUCCGGUGAUUCUCAAGUGUGGACACAAUUUCUGCCGAGCCUGCAUCACUCAGUACUGCAAGGAGUCCAAAACCUCCCCCCACUAUCCCUGCCCCCAGUGCAGGGACCCCUUCCAGGAAGGGGAACUCCAGCCAAACCGGCAGCUGAGGGCUGUAGUUGAAAUAGCCAAAAAAUUCCCACACCCAACGGGGAAGGAAGCAUGUGAAAAACACGAGGAGCUUUUGAAACUCUUCUGUGAAGUGGAUCAAACUCUCAUCUGUGUGGUGUGCAAAGAGUCCAGUCGUCACAAAGACCACCCCGUGCUUCCUCUCGAGGAGGCUGCUCUGGAUUCCCAGGAACAAAUUCAGAGCCGUUUGGAGAGUUGGAAAAAAGAGAGAGAAGAGAUUCUGUCAUAUAAAUCUAGUGCAGAAAAUACAAGCCAGGAACUACUGAAACAGCUAGAAACUGAGAAGCAGAAGAUUGUGUCUGAAUUUCAGCAACUGCGCCAGUUUCUGGAGGAACAAGAGCAACUCCUCCUGGCCCAGCUGGAAGAGCUGAAUAAGGAAAUUGAAAAGAGGAGGGCUGAGUAUGUUGCCAAACUAUCUGAGGAAAUAUCUUCUUUCAAUUACCUGAUCAGUGAGAUGGAGCGGAAGUGCCAGCUGCCAGCGAGUGAAUUCCUGCAGGACAUCAAAGGCACCUUGAGCAGCCUCAUCUCUCGCUCCAAGGGCUGCAGCUUCCUCUUUGGGACUCAGCCCUCCAGCCAGGUCACUAAAUGGUCUGCUCUCUCCCUGGGCUGCUUCCUACUUGCCUCCCAGAGGCUUUCUUCUCCACCCUUCUCUCCUGAUCCUUUCACUCUGUCACUGAACUGGCUCUGUCAGGGGUGUGAAUCCCCCCUGCACAUGGCUGAGAUCUCAGCGCUGCUCCCCAUGCAGAGCUGGGUAAAUCCUGGACGGGGGAGGUUGCCUGGUUCACUCCCCAGCUGGGGCAGGUUCUGUACGGACACGAUCAGACCCUGCCCCAGGGCCGAGCUCUGCCCCUCACGCUCUGAUUCUCUCUCUGCAGUGAACGUGACUCUGGAUCCAGACACGGCCCAUCCCGACCUCACCGUGUCUGCGGAUCGGAGACAUGUGAGAUGGGGAGACACACGGCAGGAUCUGCCUGACAACCCUGAGAGAUGUGACACUGUGCCCUGCGUGCUGGGCUGUGAGGGAUUCACCUCGGGCCGACAUUACUGGGAGGUGGAGGUGGAGAUGGAGGGGAGGGGACUCUGUGCUGUGGGGGUGGCCAGAGAGUCCGUGGGCAGGAAGGGAUAGAUCAGCCCUGAACCUGAGCAGGGGAUCUGGGCUGGGAUGUGCAGUGAGGAUGAGUACUGGGCUCUCACAUCCCCUGGGCAGAGCACCCCCUUGUCCCCGAGCUGGGCACCCCGCAGGAUCCGGGUUUAUCUGGACUAUGAAGAGGGGCGGGUGGCGUUUUUUGAUGCUGAUCGUGGGGACCCGAUCCUCACUUUCCCGCAGGCUUCUUUCGCCGGGGAGAGAAUCCACCCGCUCUUCUGGGAUGGUGUUAGCGUGCAGCUCCUCUAGCCCCCACCCCCCUGAUCUCUAUGGCCUGGAGA